UUGUACUGUGGUCGUUGGGAAGUGCUCACAAGAGAUCAUGAAAGUCUGUGGAGUUGCGUUUUAAAAAUCCUAGGGAAAUCGUUUGUAUAUAUAUAUUAAUCCUAGACUUUGUAAAGUUUAUGACAGUCACGUAGAUUUAAUGGGGACAACAAGUCUGUCUAUUGCUAUAUUUGAUUCCCGUGUGUGUGUAGGGGAUCAAACAAGUGUUAAUUGAUUAAUCCGUGCAGUCGUGGAAACUAGUGUCGAGUGUUUAUUUACAAAACUUUGUUUGGGACCACCAAGUUUGCAUUGAGUAUUCAGUUCCGUGUUCGAGAUGAAAAAAAAAAGAAAUCACGUGUGAGUGCCUGUUUCAUGCUUCUUAUACUGGCAUUGGAAAUGCUGGUAACGUUGGAAUGCUCAAAAUAGUUGAUACUGUAUAUUGAUCAAAAUCGAUCAGAUAAAAUGGAGAUCUUAGCAACGGCAAGUGACACAUUCUACAGUGCUUGUGCGACUGUAGUGUUUACUGUCACAACUGUUAAAGAAUGGUUUAGCUACAUAUUGCAUCUAAAUUAUGCAAUUGUCACCACAUUAUAUUCUACUCUGUGUGACACUUUUUCUGUUGUAGUAACAGUUCUAGACUUCAUUUUUCGUGGAUUAUACAUCAUAUUUGUGUAUGUUUUCGACUUUUUGGCAGAAAUAUGUAACUGCAUUUCUGCAUUGUUUCUUCUUCUGUGGCAUAUUAUAGUACUUCUUUAUAAAGUGUUGUGCUUGCUUCUUACUGGCAUUGAAGCAUUAUUUAUUGGGCUGUGGAAUGGAGGAUUACUUACAAUUAAGGCAGUACAUCAGUCAGCUGCAGAUGUCAUGGAGACUUGUGAAUCCAUGUCUGAGUAUACUGCUGUGCUGGCACACAGCCUUGUGACAGGUGUUUCCAGCAUGUUUACAACAGUUGGCAUUGUUGCAAGUACUUGUGUGUUGGCUGUAUGGGAAGGACUUGCUUUCAUACCUGCAACAUUGUCACAUCUUCCAAGGUACUUCAUGGGCUGGCUGAGUGGAAUUUGGGGAGGGCUUGCUUUGUGGACUUCUAGUGCUUUCAAAAGUUGCAGUCUGGAAACAUUUGUGGGUGCCGGAAUCAUAGGAAUCUUGUAUAUUUAUUUUACAAGGUAUGCUUCCAUGCAGCAUUUCAAAAGAUUAAUUUUUCAAAGUGGUUUCCCAAGAUCACAGCGCACAAAUCGAGCUGAGCAGAUUCCUCUUGACAGAGAGUUUGAAAGUGAUGCUGAUGAUGACAAUGAUGCUGAUUCGCACACUAGUGGUGAAAAUCAUACAGAUUCUGAUGGAGAAGCAUCCGAAGUGCAUACGGAAUUGACCCUAAGUGAUAAUGAUACUGACGAUGAACAUUCUGAUGUCUCCUUGUAUUCCCAAUCUUUCUCAUCAGGAGAAAGUGAUCCUGAAAUUGAAGUGCAACUUCCAACAGAGCAAGAGCGCUACAGUCUUCGGAGCCGUUCUUCUACACCUUCUCGGCUUGUCAAAAGCAUGACUUCAGACGACUUUGAACGAGAGAUAGAGCGUGAACGUGAUAAGCGAAAGUGUGUGGUGUGUCAGGAUGCCAACAAAUCUGUGCUGAUACUGCCAUGCCGCCACAUGUGUUUGUGCAUAGUUUGUGCCAAUGCAAUUGUUCACUCACAGCAAUUAGAUCGACACAUAUGUCCUCUCUGCAGAACAAGAAUCCAGAAAGUUAUACAUGUCUAUGUAUAGAAGGUGACUGCCACUUUGCUUCACUGUCAAGUUAUUUAAUAAAAGACUGACUUAUAUUGAAUAACAUCUAUAUAGCAAAUGCUGAAGCAACAAUAGGUGUUUUGCUUUUUUUUUUAAAUCCUUUCACUGAACUUAUUACUUCACCAGAUUGUGGCAUAUUUCAUAAGACCUGGUUCUGGAUUUUAAACAAGAAUUCUUUAAGACCAUUCUCAGGUUUGUGUAAAAGUUGCUGAAUGACAGGUUGGACUGACAGGCUAUAUUUAAUCCAUUAGAAUAUGAGAGGUAUACAUUGGGCUUGUAAAAAAUUUCUUCUGUGAAUCACUAACAUCCUUCCCUCUCAGCCUCUUGCUCUCACAAUUUAUUCAAGCGGUUGCUUCUUUUUUUAUUUUUUUUAUGCAUGUCCUACCUGUGGAAAAUGUAUGAACUUUCCAUCUAAAACCAAUCAGCAGUUAGUAUAACAACCCAUCUAUGUCAUUCAUCACCAUGGAAAUCAUGUCCCUUUCUCUUGCCAAGGGGCACAGUUAUGAAGCAAAAGAAAGUUGUUACCCUAGGAGAAACAUCUUAUUUGAAAGUUGUGAAGCAGUGUCCAGACCCCACACACACUACUUCAUAUUUCUUUACUAGAGGAAACCUUUGCCACUGCUUUACAAGUACAGAUUUAGAGGUAAAACAACACCUUCAUGGAGUGGACACCACUUUGCAACUGUGGAAACAAGAUGCAUGUCCUUAAAUUCCCCAUGUUGUAGCAACUUACCCUCGCUUCAUAACUAUGGCCCCAGAAGGGCUUAUUUGAUGAUGAAACAGACCUCUAAGAUGUUGAAAUUUCUUAUCCAUAGAACUACAACAUGCCAGUAUUCUUGGCAAAUGUAUUAAGAGUAAUUGGAUACCAUAACAUUUCCUUGACAGCAUUUGCUUUGGAAGAAUCAAGUUGUUCUUGCUAGGAGAUGUGGUUAUAAGAUGAAUUGAUUUACUUUUAAACAGCAUCCUUCAGUGUGCAGAUACUUUUCCAGCUGUCCAGGUCUUCUAGAAUGGUUUGUGAAAGUUACUUAUUCAGUAUCUGAUAUUUGCUGAUGCAUGUUCCUCUGUUAACUUGUUUCAGGGAGUUGUAGCAAACUAAGCAUAAAUUGUUGACAUGACCUGAAGAGAUUCCAUACUACAGUAGGUGGGUUUCUUACUUUUCUUCAAAGGCAGGUGGGACAUUUUCAUUUGUAAAAAUUUUUUAAGUGUCCCGUAAUAAAAUUCCACUGACUUUCCCUGAAGGACAAGACUAGUAUGUACAUCGUCAUCACCCUCGAGUGUGUGAGGAAGGGAUAGUCUCCCUUGCACGUUUUUUGUUUUUUUGGUUUUUUUUUUUCUGUGCGGUCACUUGUGUUUUCAAAACUUUCCUGUCAAAUUCAGCCAGUCAAGCAGGCAAAACCAUUAUUUUACUUUUGAAAAGAUUAUUUUCACAUAAUGCAUUUGUUAUAUUUCUUUUCUCAAGAGAUAAGGCAUGGAUUUGAGGCAGCAGAAGUUUACCAUAUUGAAAAAAGGUGCAUGUUAUUUUCUUUGUAUGCAUGUUCGUUACAUAUUUGCAAGUUAACCUGUUUUCUGAUAAUUCCAUCUUGUAGUUUUCUUUAAUCUUAUUCAUGGGCACAACACCUGCAAUUUUAAAGCCUGCCAGCAGUAGCCUUAUGCUUUGAAAUUUAGUCCUGCAUUAGUGUGUACUUACAUUAAUGUAAUGUGAUAUAAUUAGGAUUCACAUGAAAAAAGAAAGAAAAUCACUUUUAAUGUGCACUUUUAGUGUAUGCUGGAGUUGUCAUAAAUAGAAUAUAAUUUUUGAUAAUCAUGUUUUAAAUUCAACUGAAAUCGGACACAAAUUUUGGGUUGUUUAAAAUAAAAGGUUCUAUAUGCAGUUGAAGUGACAUGUGUUCUCAUUGUUGGAUAUUUACUUUUGGUUUAACUGAGAGCAGAAACAAAGAGAUGUAUGAAUAAUCACACUUUGUUCUGUGGUGGAUUUAAAAAAUAUCUUCUUUAAUGGUUCUAGGCUCUUGUUCACUGUGUUUAGGAAAAGUGCUGUACAGUUUUUAAAAGUACAAUUAAUACCUUGAGAAACAAGACAUUGGUAUUUCUGAUGUUCUGUUUCUUUGAAGAUCUUCUCUCAUCACACAGAUGUUCAGUAUUACUAGGGUAAGGGUUUUUCUCUGCGUGAGGGAAUCAUACUUUUCCAUCUCUUUGGUUGCUAUGGCUAAUCCUAGGUACAGUGCGGUAUACUGUGCUAGUUUGUUAGCUUUUUUGUGAUUGUGUAAGAAUUACUUUUUGGGUAAUAACAUUUCAGUUCAUAGUACAUGAUUAAGUGAUAAAAUGUGUUUAGACCAAUUAGACUGGUAAAUGUAAAUUUUGUGGCAUCAGGGGGUUUUACAUCUCAUUUUUAGCACACAGAUGGAAAAUUUAGUUUGUUAAGACUAAUCUUGUGUUGUUUGAAUCAUCUGGUUAUUAAACUGAAGUUACAAGUAUGUGAUUAAACCAGAUAUUCUCUGUGGUUGUUUUAACACUAAUUUUAGCCAAUUUACUGCCAUGCUAUUUUGUUCCUAAGGAUAUUUUUUAAAUCUCAUACCUUCUGUCCCAAUACAAACAUUAUUUCUGUUUACAAUAACAUCAUUACCACCACAUACCCUUAUUAUGUCUACUUGUAGAGCUAUUCAUAACUGCUCUCAGUCUUAAUAUUAAAGAAUGUGCAGACCCUU